GGAAAAGCGACGCAAGCGGCCGCGACGCCAUUUGCUGCGGCUGAGCGUGGGCGCAGGCUGAUCUCGGAAGAACUCGGUCGCGAGACUCUCCCGCGCACGCGACCCGUCCUCUCUUGCCUGCUUGCUACCGCGCGGUCCCACGCGUCGCUCCUGGGGCCCCUCGGAGGAGUAGCCGCAGCCGCCGCCGCCGCCGCUCCCUAGAUUGGAGUCGAAAACGCCAGGAAGCCGCCGUCACCGCCAUGCCCAAGAAUAAAGGUAAAGGAGGUAAAAAUAGACGCAGAGGUAAGAAUGAGAAUGAAUCUGAAAAAAGAGAGCUGGUGUUCAAAGAAGACGGACAAGAGUAUGCUCAAGUAAUCAAAAUGUUGGGAAAUGGACGAUUAGAAGCAAUGUGCUUUGAUGGUGUAAAGAGGUUAUGUCACAUCAGAGGGAAAUUGAGAAAAAAGGUUUGGAUAAAUACCUCAGACAUUAUAUUGGUUGGUCUCCGAGACUACCAGGAUAAUAAAGCCGAUGUAAUUUUAAAAUACAAUGCAGAUGAAGCUAGAAGUCUGAAGGCCUAUGGCGAGCUUCCAGAGCAUGCUAAAAUCAAUGAAACUGAUACAUUUGGUCCUGGAGAUGACGAUGAAAUUCAGUUUGAUGACAUUGGAGACGAUGAUGAAGACAUUGAUGAUAUCUAAAUUGAAUUCAACAUUUUACAUUCCAAUUUCUCUGAGGAUUGUUCCAACAAUUUGGAUUUUGGCUGUGACCUGUUAAAGAAGAUUAAAAUUUCAUUAGCAUGAGUGCAAUUUGUUAAAGCAGAUUGAUUUGUUUCUAAGGUAUUUCUUUAAAAACCGAAUUCUCUUAAGUGAAAUGUUAAGCCCCCUUUGUUCUUUUGAUGUAUUGGAGCUUAUGGGUAAAAAACUACAUCGACUGUUUUUAAAAGGAAGGGGGAAAUGCAUUACUGCCUUUCCUACUUUGACCAUUUUCCAUUAAGUGAAUGUUCUGAAUAAACCAUUUACCCUACACUCAUGGAUUAUGACUAAGCCCUAACUUUGGCCUGUUGACUGUACAGUGAUUUUCUGUAUAUUCCAGUUACUUAAAUGUUCCCUUGAGAUUUUGAUACAAAUUGAGGCGGCAGAAAUCUGCAUUUGAGGUAAAAAAUGAUUAGGUCUGCUUUUCAUAUUUAAGUAGCAUGUGGCUAUUUUUGUACUAAUUUUGAUAUCAUGUACAUUCUUUUCAUGAUAUUAUUUUGCCACUAUAAAUGUAUCAACAAAAAUGCAUUUCCAAAAUGUAAGUUUUUUAGAACCUGGGUUUUACUAGCAAUUUUUAAUUUGUAAGGUUAGUAGUUACAAGAAUUGAACAGUAGGUGGCACCCAGUCAUCUUAAACUGAAAUAGUGAUAUAGUUGUCAUUUUUUUUCCUAAAUGUGCAUAGGAAAUUUCCCAAAACAAAAGAUUGUUUUGAUCAUAUGCAUGUAUGUAGAAUAUUUUUGAAGAACAAAAAUAUUGUUAAGUGUCAUUUUAUUUCAGAAGUCAUAAACAUAUAAGCUACAAUUUUGAGUGCUUUAUAAACACUUAAAUUAUAUAUAAAUGAAAAUUUAAUUUCCUAAAAACUGUACAAAUUAAGCCUUUUUCAAACUAUCCCUAAGCUGGGAAAAGAGGAGGGAAUAACAGUUUACUGAAAAGAUGGUUUCUCAUUUCUAAAUGGAAGAGCUACAGCUGAGAAAUACAAUAAAGACAAUGUCAUGCUGCAGAGUAUAUUAUACCCUUACUUUGUGCUUAGGAUGUAUUUUAUUGUGUGUAAAGAUUUGUUUUGUUUGUAUUUUAUUGGGAAUUUGGAUUUUCCCUUAUUUAGUUUUUGUUCUCAACUCUACUGAGAUGAAAUUAAGGGCUGGGCUAUUUAGACCAUACUAGCCACAUUGAAAUCUUAUGCAACUUUGAAAGAAGAGAUCCAUCAUUUAGAUUGUGAAGCUUUUAUUCAACUGGUCUCCAGAGAUGUUUUCAAUGAUGAAAGUACUCCAAAGGGAAAUAAACCUUCAUGUGGCUUCAAAACAUAAGCACAUCUUCUCUAAUCUCAUGUUUAUUCCUUAGUGUGCAAACUGGAAUCAGAAUCUGAGGUACUAUAAAACAUUAUUAAAUCAAAGAAUAGAAAUGAGUAGACAGUUGGAAUUUGUAUUUCUUACUCUGUGGAAUUCUGAAUGCUUACCUAGAUGGAAUGAGCCUGAGACCAUGGGCUGGUUUUUAAUACUUGUAAGAAACUAGUCUUGAAGAAUCAACUUAAUGAUUAUCUUCAUCAAAAUCUAAACUUCCUAAGAUAUUUAGGCUUCUGUACGAAAAGUGGCCAAAUUUGUGGUGUAUAUAUAGAUCCUUUUUCUGUGUUAUUUUACCAAGAAAGUUGUAACUCUGCAUUUGUGGUACAGUUCAUGGUAGUGAUGGUACAACUCAUGUUAGUUUUUCUACUUAUCUCCUCUAACAAAUAUGGUUCAUCUGAAGAUUCUUAAAAUUACAGCUAUGACCCCUAUCCGUGUGUGUUAGUGAUAUUUUUUUUCCUUGCCUAGGUAGUAACAGCUCAAUCUAGUGCCAUUGCAUCCUGGAAAAUCUCAAAUCAUGAUUAUAAAAUGGUAAAAUUCUAGGUCCUAUGCAACACUACUUGGAGGGAUUGUUUUACUAACUUGUCUUUAAUGUGAAAAUUUAUUGAUUAUAUUUCAAAUGAGGAAUGGAAGUGGUCCUUAGUUGGGUUUUUUGUUUUGUUUUUUGGUAUGUGUACGUGUGUUGUUUUUUUUGAGUUUGGUUGUUUUUUUUGUUUUGUUUUUGGUUGGGUGGGGGGUUGGUUAUAUAUACUCUUUGAUUCCCGUAACACAAUGCUAUAAGGUAUGCCCUGAAAGACAAUAAAAUGUUUGAAAUCCAAGAAUAAUGGUUCUUCCUGCUAAGUGGGUAUAAUAAUUAUUACUAAUUAAUUUGAUGGGCUUGCAUUUUUCAUGCAGUGUUGAUUCUGCUUCCAGUUAGAGUACAUAUGGUGGCUCAACAACCAAACCAAGUAUUUGUGUGAAAAAAGACUUGCCAAAACUUAAUUGCUUGACUGUUGAAUCUGUUUUAAACAUCCAGCCUCUUAAGAGACCACCUCUUAAGGAUCCUGUAAACUAUGCAUGAUAAAAAUUCUUGUAUUUUAUUAAGGAAUGGCCGUUGGUUUACUCACCACAUCUACAGAAUCAUGGCUGUGAACAUAGUUGGUUACAAAACUCCUUGUAACUUGUAGUUUAACUUAAUCUCAUCUAUCUUGUAUAAAUAUUAAAUUAUAGGAUGGUGAAGAACAUCUUUAGUAGAUAUAAACUGCUGUCAGUGUUGACUUCAGAGUAAUCAAGUAGGUAAAAGCAUGUUUGAAAUAAAAAUAUCUAGCUGGAUUUAUACUUUAUUUGUAUUGUUUACAGAUUUUAAAAUAAUCCAGUAUUAACUGUAGCUUGACAGUUAAAGUAUCAGAAUGAAAGUGAGGUUCUUUAUGUUACCUAUCAUAACAAUUUUAUAAAGAUCUGUAUUGGUAGGAGACAUUUAGAUCUUUAUCCUGCUUAGCAAGAGGAAGUUUCACUUAUACUGUUUGGAUUCCCAUGAACUUUUACAUACCACAUUUGUGUUUUUGAUUUAUCUUAAACUGUCAUUCUUUUUAUACUCAUUUCUUCCUAGUCAGCAGAGAACAAAAUCUUUAGUCUCACUACAGCUGCGUUAAGACACUAACUUCUCAGGUACAGAGUAAACCAAGGAAUUUGGAGAGUACUGGAGUGGGUCAAUCCUUUCUUCCCCCCAGCUGCUGUGUACUUAAGAGUCAGUGUGAUAGAGUGAAGAGCAUGAGCCCUGGGGUCACGAGGCCUGUGCCCUAACCCCCACUCUACCCUUUACCUGCAAGUGACCAUAGGCACCUUCCCACACUUGUGAGUUUCAGGCUCCUCACCUGUAAGAUGGGGAUGAUGAGAACAGUACCUGCAAAAUUUGUGGGAGGACUAAUUAUGUGUCCAUAUGUGUAAUGCACCUAGAGCAGUGUCUGCCGCUUUUCACUUGGUAUCCAGGACUGUAGAAGAUUAAAUAAGCACAUCUUUUAUAUUCUCUAUUUACCAUUUCUUUCACUUGCAGUCUUUGGUUCCUAUAAUAAAAGAAACUUGUAGAAUAUAUAUAUUCAUAUAUUCAUGUUGAUACAAUAUUUAAAAUAAAUGCUACCAUCCUCAUUUAAUUCAGCAUAAGACUAACAGAAGUCUCUAAAUUGCUUAAAGAUGGAUGUUUUGCAAAAUACCAACUACUCUAUAUUUCUUUAGAGAAAGUUUAUAGUUAUUGAUAGUUCUGGUCAUUUCAUUAUUUAGUCUAAUGAGUCCUUUUACUAUGUAUAGAUUUAUGACAGCUAAUUAGUACUGACUGAUUUGGAGGUUUGGACUUAUGUAAGAAAAAGUCCCAUCAUUUGGACUUAUGUACAAAAAAUUGGAUGCAAACUAUUACAAUUAGAAAAUAAAAUAUGAAAUAACUUUUAA